AUGGCAGCUACCUCUGUUCUCACUCCAAGCUCCCACUAUCAACCACCGUCCUUUGCCGCCUCUACCUACCCGCCGCAAUCGUCCGGCCCUUCGCCUACGCCCGCCAUGAUCUCCUCAUCCGAGCCCCGCCGCCAACCCGAUGACAACACCAAUGACGCGCCUGCCCGCCAGUCGCUACUCUCCAUCUCCGAGAUCAUCUCUGGUGCUCGUCCCAGCCAGUAUGCUCCUCACCACAGCAGCAUGCCGCCUCAGCCCAGCUCUGGCGGUCUGCCGUCGCCGUUUGCUCCUCCCUCUCGCCAGUACCCCGACUCGGACAAGCACUCGCACUCGCCUCAGCCUCUGCACCCGGCCUCGUUCCCCUCGAGGCAGGACACCAUUCCCGCCUUUGCCGACUCGCCCAGACCUCCGUUCAGCGGCCGCCCUGGCCUGCCUCCUGUGACGGAUCGCAGACCUACACCUCCUGGCAAGCAUGAUGGCCCUUCCCACGGCCCUGUCCACCACGAUCACCGCUCCGUCUCGGGUGGCUACCCCCAGCCUCACGCUCCCACCUCGCACCCUUACCAACCAUCCCAUAUGCCUUUCGGCCAGAUGCCGCUUCCCGUUUACCCCAUCUCUCCCCGUCACGAGCACUACGAUGCUCCCCGUCCCCAAACCCACGGCGAGCCUGGGCCGUAUGCCGGUCGCAGAUACGAACAGGCCCCCAGACACUGCGAGAAUUGGGCGUACCAGGAGUCUUUCAGCAGAAUUGGCACCCACUCCCGCAUAAUUUUCAACUUUGCCGCGGCCUAUGGCCGCGCCGCGCUGGAGCAGCAAGGAGGCCCGCCCACCAUUGAGCGUCUGCCUAGCGAACGCGAGGUCAACGAGAUGCUCGCCAAUGUCGACUACAUCAAGCGCUCUCUCGAGCAGGUCCGUGAUACUGUUCAACACACAGAACGCGCCCGCGAGGGAGACAAGGCCAAGGGCGCCUACGAGGAAAGCCACGACGUCAACAUGUACAAUGACGGCAUGAAACCUCACUAUCCCGUCAACGAAGUCAAAAAGCGCCGCGGUCGUGCUGCUCCUCCUGGUCGCUGCCACAGCUGCAACAGAAUUGACACGCCCGAAUGGCGACAUGGCCCCGACGGCCGCCGCACUCUGUGCAACGCCUGCGGUCUGCACUACGCCAAGCUCGAGCGCAAGCACCAACUCGAAGCCCGAUCGCUGCGGCCCAAGACAGAAGAGCGCAACUGA